UCAGGAAGUACGGAUGCUUGCUUCAGUCUCUCGCACAGCAACACUUGAUGACAUCUCUAAGUGGAACGUCACUGAACUGGAUACCUUGGCAGCUCUGAUGAAACCUGAAGAUGGAACAUGGCAGACGGCACAGAGCAAAGCAAUCAUCACCAAAUACCUGAAUACCUCUGGAAAUUCACUGGGCCGCAGUGAACUGAACAUUAUUGACUCCAACCUGUGCUCACUGGACGCCAGCACGUUACAGACCAUCACAGCAGACAGUAUCAGAAAUGCCAAGCAUCUAGAUGUGGCAUCAUGUUCAACUGAGCAGAAGAGAGUCCUCUAUGAGAUCAGCAACACUCCUUCAGUGUCCAUCGUGAUAAUCCCAUUAACUUUUUUAACCUGGUUAAAGGCUAUCUAGGUGGAGCACCUCAAGCAGAUAUUGCAGCAUUAUCAAGUCAGAACAUCAGCAUGGAUGUCAACACUUUCAGGAGUCUGGAUAUCAACGUGAUAACUUAUCUGACUGUGGCCAACGUGAAAGGUCUGAUGGGUGAAAACCUCCGAGAUCUCAAGCUGUUUGAGAAUGAUACUGUGGUCCAGACCUGGGUGAACCUACAGCGACAGUCUGACCUGGACACACUCGGUUUGAAUCUAACCACCACUAGGGCCGACUCCACAGUACCAACCGCUACAAACAGCACCGAGCCACAGGGAAACACAAACAGUUCAAGUACAACCCCAGCCAGUACAGCAAUAUCAUCCCAACCUGCAGCCACUAAUGGUGUCCUGGAGUUCACAAAAUCACCAGCCUCUGCUCUCCUGACCGCUCUGCUCACACUGCUCUACAAAUAAUCCUACAAGCAGCCUGAGAGCCCCACUGCUGCAAUAACUCAGGCAAUGCUAUUGUCACCAUUAGCUCUUAUUUACUCACAUGCACAAAAAUACUUCAUCUCACCUUUUUGAUGUCUUUAUAAGCGUCAUGAAAUUAAUCUGUCUCAGAAGAAUCAUUCAAAUCUUUACAUAAUUUGUUCAUGGAAAUUAGGGAAAAACUUGUAAAAAACAUUCAAAUCAUGAUACAAAUUCAUUGCAUUGGUUUUUAUCCUUUCAAAUGUAAAUCUUUUCUUUCUGUAUUUUAAACACCAAAGCUAUUAUUUAAAUUAAUAAAUGCACAUUAACAUCA